CUCCUAACCCACUCAUUUAAUUUCCAUGGCUGCUUCUUCAUCUUCCUCCGCGUCGGAUCCAUCCCGCCGGCAAUACGACGUGUUUCUCAGUUUCCGAGGCGCAGACACGCGCCACUCCUUCACUUGCUAUCUCCGCGAUUUUCUCCGCCGGAAAGGGAUCGAUGCUUUCAUCGAUGAGGAACUUCGGCGAGGCAACGAUCUCUCCAAACUUCUCGAAAGGAUCGAGCAAUCGAAGAUCUCGAUCGUCGUUUUCUCAGAGAACUACGCGAAUUCUGCUUGGUGUUUAGAGGAACUCGCGAAGAUCAUGGACUGUAAAAAGACCUUCGAUCAGGUGGUUUUACCGGUCUUCUACAAAGUUCCGACAUGUGACGUGAGGUAUCAAACGGGGAGUUUCGGAGCUCCGUUCAAGAGAUCUGAAGAGGUUUUCCAGGGAUUUGAACACAGAGUUCCGGCAUGGAAGGAUGCCCUGACCGCUGCUUCUCAAAUCGCCGGCUACGUUUUGCCGGAGAGAAGCCCGGAGUGUGAGUUUGUAGACAAAAUUGCCAAGGAAACGUUCAAGGUUCUAAACAAGAUGUCUCCAUCUGAAAUUCAAGGUCUUCCAGGGAUUGAAUCGCGUGUGAUGGAACUUGAAAAGAUAAUGUGUUUCGAAGAAAAGACUUGUGUGCGAGUUGUUGGAGUUCUUGGGAUGGCUGGGAUUGGUAAGACAACUGUUGCAGAUUGUGUUUACAAGCGAAACUAUGGCCACUAUGAUGGUUACUGCUUCCUUGCAAAUAUUCACAAUGAGUCAAAACUAAGUGGAGUAGAUCAUUUGCAGCAGAAGCUCCUCCGUAAGUUAUUAGAUGAAGACAAUCUUGAUGUUGGAGCUCCUGAAGGAGCACAUGAAGCCUUAAAGGACCGCCUUCGAAACAAAAAGCUGUUAAUUGUGCUUGACAAUGUGGCUAACGAGAAUCAAAUUAGACUUCUUAUUGGGGGAGAGGGACAAGAGCUGUACAGAGAAGGAACUCGGAUUGUUAUAACAACAAGGGACAAGAAACUUUUAGAGAAGAUUGUGAACGAAACAUAUGUAGUUCCUAGAUUAAGCGGAAGAGAGUCUUUGGAGCUUUUCUGCUUGAAUGCAUUUUCUAGUCAUCUCUGCGCUACAGCCGAGUUCAUGGAUCUAUCAAACAAGUUUGUGGAUUAUUCUAAAGGGCAUCCAUUAGCUCUGAAAUUGUUAGGUUCUGAUCUUUGUCAACGAGAUAAGUUAUAUUGGAUUAGGAAAUUGGAGAGACUGCAGAGAAGACCAGAUGGAAAGAUUCAAGAAGUCUUGAAAAUGAGUUAUGAGGAACUAUGUCCGGAAGAACAGAGCAUAUUUCUGGAUGUUGCUUGCUUUUUUAGAUCAGAAAAGUUGGAUUUUGUUUCAAGGAUUCUGAGCACUUACCACAUUGAUGCUUCUAAUGUGAUAAAUGAUCUUAUUGACAAGUGCUUGGUAACUGUCUCGGAUAACCGGCUGGAGAUGCAUGACCUACUGCUUACGAUGGGGAAGGAAAUUGGUUAUGAAUCAUCCAUCAAAGAGGCAGGUAAGCGUGGUAGGUUAUGGGACCAAGAAGAUAUUUGUCGCGUUUUGAAGUAUAAAACGGGGACUGCAGAAAUUAGGGGGAUCUUCUUGGAUAUGUCUAAUGUAGAAAGCAUGAAGCUAAGUGCUGAUAUUUUCACGAGAAUGUUGAGUCUCAAAUUCCUGAAAAUCUACAAUUCCAAUUGUUCCAAGUGGUGUGAAAACCAUUGUAGAUUUCGUUUCCCGGGUGGGCUUGAUUGCUUUCCAGAUGAGCUGGUGUAUAUCCACUGGCAGGGGUACCCUUUGGAGUAUCUGCCAUUGAACUUCAACCCGAAGAAACUCAUUGAUCUUAGUCUUCGUUAUAGCAGCAUUAAGCAACUAUGGGAAGAUGAGAAGAACACAGGAGAGUUAAGGUGGGUUGAUCUCAGCUACUCGAAAGAUUUACUGAAUUUAUCUGGCUUGUUGGAAGCUCGUAAACUCGAGAGAUUAAAUCUUGAAUGCUGUACAAGUUUAGCCAAAUGUUCAUCAAUCCAGCACAUGGACAGUCUUGUUUCGCUGAAUCUCAGAGAUUGCAUAAACCUCAAGCGUCUUCCAAAGAGUAUUAAUCUGAAAUUUUUGAAGGUUCUUGUCCUUAGUGGCUGUUCAAAACUCAAGAAAUUCCCAACUAUUUCAGAUAACAUAGAAUCUUUACAUCUGGAUGGUACAGCAGUAAAAAGAGUUCCUGAAUCCAUAGAGAGUCUCCUGAAACUUGCUGUGUUAAAUCUAAAGAAAUGUUGCAGGUUGAUGCAUCUUCCUGACACUCUUUGCAAACUCAAGUCUCUAAAAGAACUGAUUCUCUCUGGCUGUUCAAAGCUAGAGAGUUUUCCGGAUAUUCAUGAAGACAUGGGAAGCUUAGAGAUUCUGCUCAUUGAUGAUACAGCCAUUAAACAAACUCCCAGAAAAAUG